AUGACAAUCAAGCCACUUCCUUCGGCGGCUCUCAUCGCAUUUGGAGCCCCAGCUGCGAUGGCAAUUGGCAAUCCACAAGUAAAAGACGAUGGCAGCCGCAUUUGUCAUCUGAUCAAUACACGUAUCGAGCUUUACCCAUUGUACCCUGUCAAAGGGUUGAGACCAUCAUCACUGCGCAAAUCAUCCUCCGCCAGCAGCAGCAGCAUCAACAACGCCUGUCCCCCGCCGCCGCCCACGCCGCACCAAGUCAAUCCCGCCGGCAGCAGCAGCACUCCGCCCCAUACCAAUUCCAAUUCCCAGCAUCCGCAUCCGCAUCCACACCACCACCCACUGCCGCACCAUCCGCAGUACCAGAACCACCAGCACAGGCGCAGCAGCAGCUCCAGUCACACCAGCCACGCGGAAAACUCAAGCGGCUUGGCCACCAAACCGGCCAUCAAUUUGCUGGCCAAUCAUUUGCAGGCCAACUACUUUGAGUUCCCGCCCACCGCUCCUGUACAGGCGUCGUUGCACCACAGCGGACGCACCGCAGUCUCCACGCCGUCCCUGAACUUGCAGCAACACCACUACCAGCACCAGCACCAGCAGCAGCAGCAGCAGACCCCCUGCACCACAGUCGGUGGUCAGUACAGCUCGGCUGUUGCCAAAGCGGCUGCCUCCACGGCCUGCGCGCUCCUUGCCACGUGCCACGUGUCCAGGGAUCCCGAUCAACAGCCGCCCAAUCACCAGACACACCAGCCUCAGAACCCGGAGUACCUGCAGCCGACCGCAAGCAAAAUGGGGCGACGCGAGAUAAAGCGCUCUAAUACCAGUGGCUCCACCACCAGAUCCUACGACAGCGGAAGCGCAACCACAAACUUCGUGGGCAAGUUCACGCAGAGUGUGCGCCGAAUCGUGCAGGAUGUGAAGGACGAGGGGGCGCCCAGUGGAAUGACGCGGGACGAGGUGAUCGAGACGAACGAGCGCCUGCGAUCCUUGCGCCUCCGCCUGGAGGAGUCCUACGAGACCGCCAAGAAAGCCCUGAUCAACCUCAUGAACAAGUACGGCGACUCGAAGAGCCAGCGCAACAUCUUCCAGCGCUAUCCCAUGCUCAAACUGAUGAUUAAGGAAGUCAUUCGCCUGGAGACCCAGUACUGGACCCUGGUGGACAUCCCGCGGCAGGAGAAGCAGGAGACGGUGCCCUCCUACGUGAUGCGGGCCUGCUCGAUCAUGGAGAAGACCCAGAAGUCCGGCGAGGGAGUCAAGACCUCCGCCCGCCUGGCAGAGGAGGCGGCUGAGCGGCGGGAGCGGAUGGAGCGAUUGGAACAUAUGACAACUGCCCAAAUCGAACACGAGAAUACGCAGCUAAUAAACGACUUGUAUCGCUUGCUGAAAAAGUAUCUGGGACUGCGACACCUCAUCCGUGUGUUGAAGGAAGAGUACGGCAGCUCAAAGAUGUAUCCGAUAUUUCCACGCUACACAAUGCUGAAGGACAUGAUAAAGGGCAUCAUGCACGAUCCGGACUACAUGGAGGUGUGCCACGAGACACUGGCCAACGCCAACUGAGCCGAGGGCACCGGAAAUGGCAGGCGUCGCAUGAGUGUCAUUUGAGAGGGCCCAAAAACUAAUAGCAAUACCAAUACAAGCAGCAGCAUACACGGACGCAGAACCCAGGAUUAGAGUCCUGCGAAAUGUGUAUGCACAAGUGCUGAAUUCGCAUGCGAAUUUUCAAGAGAUUCCGGAGUGAUUUAGAGCUUUCCGAACAGCUUCUUCGUAACUCCUCCGCCAGUGGAGCGGGUUCCUCAAACCUCUUUCGGCCCUUCUUUUAGCCAACACUCAAAGGCAAGCCAAGACAAACUAAUCAACUAACUAACCAACUACUAACUGAGCCCAGACCCCACCACCCACCACCAACUAAACAAGGAACUAUUUACACUACAUUAUCAGAUACAAACACUUCGGCACUGAAGUGCCAGCAAACAAACUAAAAGGCAUUUAUUUUAAUGAACUUUUGAGAUGAAUACAGUGUUAUACCUACAAAAAUACAAAAUACAAAACACAAGAUAUUUACUGAUAAAAUAGUGAACGAAGCGCUCAGAGACGAUGAACCGAAAUCAAAUCGAGAAUCAAACCAAACUCUUUGUAAUUUGUAUGUACCACUUACAACAACAAACUGAGCCUAGUAUUAUACACAUAAAUAUAGAGCAAUGAACAUGGAAUAUACAUAUAUAUGUGAAGUAACCAAAGAUACUCCAAAGCAGAUGACUAUUGACAAAUUGAUAACCGCUUGAUUUGGCUUGACCUUGCCACCUCUUUGAGUUUGUUUUAGAUAAAGUACUGGUCGAUAGCUGUUAGCUGAUUAUAUCAUACUUAUUAACAAAGUGUAUCAAAUUGUAUUGAAUAAACCCCACGCCUAGAUGUAUUUAUUACCUACCUAGUUAGACAAUAUAAGGGAAAUAUUCCCAUACCGGUGCGAGCAAAUACUCCUAACACCUUUUAAGGAAACACCAAGCCCCAUAUCCUAGAACCUAACUGAUUGUUGAUUUUACCUUCGCCAGUAACUAUUAGUGACUAACAAAUGCUUUAUGUGUGUAUCGAAACGUUCAGCUUUAAGUUACCUGCAACGCGCAGACAAACCGAAAUGCAAGUGUGUAUUUCAAAAGUUCGGUUGAGAUGUGUGCAUCCCAUGGAUUCGUUGUUGUACAAUGUACAUGCAUACCUUGUAGCUUUGUAAUCCCCAAGCCCAAACACACAUUGCAAACACUCGAGCACAAGAGACCAAAGGAAAACCUAGACGAGCUUACAACUUUUUACGAGAGCCAGACUCCCGCAAAUGCCCUUUCCCUUUUUUCAGUUAUUUUUGCAUAGAAAUCCCACUCAAUUUAUGGCUUUAAAUUUGCGCCACUAAUAGCCGGCGAUUGAAACUGGCAGAAGUGAGAUCCCCUCUUUACCACUAAAAUCUCCACUGACACACCCACCGAUACACAGUGCAUAUGCAUACAUACAUAUAUCUGACAUAUCUGAGUAUAAGCAAAUCAGGAACAGAUUCGAAAAGCCGCAGCUAUCAUGAAAGUGCAAUUGAGUGCAUAAAUUACUCGAACAAUUGUUUGCUGCCCAUUAUAUGCUUCACAGCAUCUGACUGCUGGUUAAUUUACCCCCACCAUUACCGCCCGAUCGCCCCUAAUGCAUCCAAUCGCUUUAAAUAUAUAUAUGCAUAUAAUUUAACUGCCUCUGCCUCUCCGAGCGUUUAGUGUGAAAAAAUAUUUGACAACGCUAGCCUUUCAAUAACCACAAAAAACAGCUGCAUGGGCAAAAAACAUUUAUGAUAAAUAAAUAAAAUAGAUAAUUAAAUGUUGGAAAAAUAGCAAAUCAACUAUGCAAAUCCAUACUAUAGAGUGAUUUAACAAAUAUCAUUUAUAUGGUUAAGCCUAAGCGAUGAGUUGUGUUGUUUACGUAGUUAAAUGUUGAGCAUUAAAUUUGAAUUUGAAAAUUUGAAAAAUGUUUGCCGCCAUUUGCAUAAGAUGCGGGUAUUAAAUGAAAUUAAAACACGCGGUAUACCCAUAAUAUGAGAACAAAUAAUAUACAAGUAUGCAAUUAUAGCGAAACUAAUUAAAACUAAACUGUAAUGAUCAGGUAUUAAAGUUAUGAAGUUUAAUCAAAAUAUAUUAACAAAUGUGUGCAUGCGAGUGUGUGCGUGAAUGUGGCCAAUACAAACAAACUCAUUGCAAUAUAGAGAAUACGGAAUAAAACAGUUGGGCAAAUAUUGCUGCAUACCUAAGAAGGCAAACUUAAAUACUAUAGUUAUAUACGGCAAUGGUAUUCGUAUUAUUAUACAACUUAUACACGAUAAACAACAUAUACCCGUGUACCCCACUUAUACAUACAUACAGACCCUCAUGAGGAACAUGGCCGGUCGGUAGGUACUCUUCCUAUAAGCCCAAACUUCGUACAAUUUUACCUUUUCAACGUCUCAGUGUCUAACAAAAAGCAUUAAAUGUAUUUCCGCAAGGGAGUUACCAAUAUAUUGCAUGUAUCAGUAAAAAUAUGUGUCAAGACACUCGAUAAUAUGAGGAAAUCGAUAAAUAUAUUGAUAUG